AUGUUUGUUGAGCUCAAUUUAUUUCCACAGGUACUAUUGACUGGGUGCCGUUGCGUCGAGCUGGACUGUUGGGAUGGAGACGACGGUAAUCCUGUCAUAUACCAUGGACAUACCUUCACUACAAAGAUACCAUUUAGACGAGUGGUCGAAACUAUUGCAAGGAGUGCAUUUGUAGCAUCGCCAUAUCCUCUCAUCUUGAGCAUAGAGAACCACUGCAGUCUGCCUCAACAACAAGUCAUGGCAAGCACGUUUGAGGCAGUGUUUGGAGAGCAACUGGUGACGUCGUUUCUCUUCGAAGUGGACUAUACGGAUGACCCGCGACUGCCGAGCCCUGAACAGCUAAAAUAUAAGGUCCUGAUAAAAAAUAAGAAAUUGCUACCAGUUGAAUCAAGUCCUACCAUAGGGUUGACGGGGACGAGUUCAGCUCAGGGUUAUGGAGGGGUCUUGGUUACCGCUUUCAGAUCCAAUGGUAUUCGUCACACGAGUUCGUCGCUUCCCGACGCAAGCAACCGAACCAGCUCGAUCAUGUCGAACCAAUCCGCUGGUUCCUCUCUCACUGAGUAUUUCUCCGACGAAGAUUACGACGAAGAUGACGACAUUGACGAGAGAGAACUACACAAAAUUCUCAAUUCAAUGGAGGAGAAGGUCGGUCGUACAUCCUUCUCACUCUACCAGAGUUUUCGUAGGAGUGAGGCAGAAGAAGCUACUGGGGCCAUGAAACAUACAAAUAGAAAACGAAGUAAUCAAAUUGCAAGGGAGCUUAGCGAUAUGGUCACCUAUGUCCAAGCAAUAAAGUUUCGUGGCCUCAACCCUAUCUCACCGAGAAGCUCCAUCAAGCACCCCAGUAAUGUGAAAGACAACAGCUCGAGUGGAGCCGCGUGUAGCUUUGAAUCUUCUGAAAGCAGCGAUAGUGCUGGGACGCAACUACUGAUAACCAGUCAACACUCUCGCGCUCGAUGCCUCAACACACCCGCCGCGCACCACCCCUGCUAUAGAUGUUCGUCCGUAAAUGAAGCGAUAGCUAAGAAAAUAUGCCGAAAACACCCCCUAGCCCUCAUCGCGCAUACUGAAACUCAGCUCGUAAGGACUUAUCCCGCCGGCCUAAGAAUAGACUCAUCGAACUUCGAUCCUGUGACCUUCUGGUCGUGUGGUGUACAACUCGUCGCUCUCAACUAUCAGACUGAAGACGCAGCGAUGGCGGUAAAUGCCGCUAUGUACGAAAGCAAUGGCUGCUUGGGUUACGUCCGCAAACCACGUGUUAUGUGGGACCCUAACCAUAUUGCUUAUAGACGUUUCAACCCCAUGGAUAAAGAAUUCGAUGGUAUUCACGCGGCACACCUCACCCUCGCUGUCAUCUCUGGUCAAUAUGUCGCCGAAAACGUAUACUCCUUCUAUAAUGCGUAUGUGGAAGUAGAAAUUUUGGGUGUUCCAGCGGACUGCAGGAAAAUCAAAACGAGGGUGGCUCGCAGAAAUGCUUUGAAUCCUAUAUGGAAUGAAACAUUCACAUUUAAAAUCAACUUUCCAGAACUAGCGUUCGUAAGAUUCGAAGUAUACGACGCAGAUACAAAUUAUAUGUUGUCCCAACGAGUCAUACCGCUACAAUGUCUUAGACCUGGAUAUAGGCAUGUCAGAUUGAGAUCACCAACAAAUCAACCUCUGAACAUGGCGUCUCUUCUAAUAUUCUCGCGUUGCACAGAGGAAUUAGCAGGCGAAAGUUGUCGAGGAGACCCGGAACCAGGUUCUCCUACACAGAGGAGGAAGAUUCACUUCCUCGUAGUUCAUGCUGUGGUCUUACACGAACCGUAUUCGAUAUUAAAAGUCACUCAUGACACCACUACCACAGAGGCAAUAGCUCAAUGCCUAACAAAAGCUGGCGUGUGUCGAUCAUCAAGAGGAAGUUACGUGCUCGUCGAAGAAGUUCCCUCUCGAGCUCCAACUCAAAGAGUCCUGGCUCCUCAUGAGAGGGUCCUGAAGGCUGCCACAUCAAGACCUGGAGCCAAGUUACUGUUGAAGAGAGUUGGGGAUGAUCCCAGCAGUCGAGCCUGGCUAACAAGUAUCAGAUCAGCAUCAUCUGACAAAUCUCGAGAUCACUCAGUUCCUUCUGAUGAGGACUCAAGUACUCAAGAAGAGCCGAGGAAGCCUCCCGACAGCUUCCUAGUGUGCGUACAUAAUGUAUGCCAUGAAAUACCUUAUGCUAUUUUAAAGGUACCUUUAAGCGCUACAGCUUCUUAUGUCAUAUAUCAAGCUUUGACAAAAGCACGGUGUCAUGAUGACCCCAAAAGGUUUGUCUUGGUGGAAGAACUAGAAUGGGGUGGUAGAGCUGGAGCCGGCCCGCAACAACGAGCCUUAGCUGAUGAUGAAAUAGUUUAUGCUGCACAGGCAAGUUGGAAAACAUUAGGCAGAUUCGUAUUACAAGAGAAAGGCAGUACUGUGCCUUUACCGCGACACCGCGCCUGCAUCGCCAGGAUACAGAGGGGAUUGAGUAUGACAAGAGGUGCCAUUACCGGCACAACCGGCUUCCCACUCGGCGGUAUAAUGUCUAAUGAUAACGUAUGCGAAGGAAAGACACCGGUACAGACCGCUUAUAGUGACCCAACACACUGCAGGAGAGUGUCAACGGCGCCAUUGGGCAAAGGCAUUGGAAGAGCUAAAGGGCACUCUGAGAAAGAUAUACAUUCUCACGGGCAAAGACGGUCAGGUUCAAGAGAGGUGCAUUCAGAAGGAGAAACGGUAGGUGGAUCACUCGGUGCUGAAGCACUAGCGGCACAGAUGGCUCGCUUCAAGAGAGUAUUCCGCCGUCUCGGAACGAGUCUGGCGAACCAUCGGGCAUCACUCUCGUCUGAACUCGGCUCUCUAUGGGAUUUCUUUCGUAUAGACAGAGAACGACGGCGCUCAGCUACUACUACUUCAGGCACUUAUGAACCAGUAGAAACUAAAUCACCCGCGAAACUAGCCAAAGAUCUUUUUCAAGUCGUCCAAGAUACAGUUUUCUCUAAGAAAAUGGAAGAAAAACGAUGCCCGUUAGUGAAAGAAGAGUCUGAUCUCAGCUCAGAUGAUGAAGAAGGAACAGAGCGACGUAUUGCCAACCUUAUAGAUUUCUUUUUUACUAUUGUCAAAAGUCAAAAAGAUGACAGAAAAAACAGCGGCGGAAGUUGUUUCAAAAGUGAAGACGCACCCGAAGAGAAAUACGUACCGAGUCAAACAAAAAUUCUAAAUACGGACUUAGAGAAAAAGAUGGAAACGUUAUUAGAAUUCCUCGCAACAAGCGGAUGUGUGGAAAAAGAAGAUAAGGACGAGAAAAAAAUAACAUUGAUGGAGUUUCUUUUGACGGAAGAUAAAAAAUUUGAAAAACCUAUCAUAGAAAUCAAUACGAAAGGAAUAAGUUUGUCAGAAUCAAAUGUUAAUGUUAAAAAUCUGUCUUACAUAGAUGAAACCCCUGGAGAUGAAUGCAAUGAAACAUUAGUAGAAAUGCUGUUGAAAUAUAUGGAAGAUUACACUGUGAAAGAGAAGGAUGCGUCUAAAUCUUUAUCAAUAACUCCAUCGUUAUCAGAGAAAUCUAAGUCUGAUAUGACUAUUAGUAAAUUCGAAACGUUUAGUGACUUUAGCAAAACUAAAUCAGACUCGACACUAACGCAGACACAAGACACAGUAAUCGACAAAGGAGAUGAGGACAUGCGGCGAAUAUCAGAAACAGUGAUCGAUUUAAGUUACGUUAAAACUGAUUUGGAAUCGAUUUUCGAAGAAGCAAUUUUACGUGUUUGCGAAUUGAAGAUGAUUUUUGAGGAUGAUACAAUGAGUGAGCAAGAGGAUUUAGAAAAUUUCAAUGCGUAUACAAAACCUCCUCAAUUACAGUUCGGUCAAAUGCCAUAUAGUGUUGAAUUGUCUGACAUAAUUGAAGAAGACGAACCUGAAUUAUCUUCCAGAACAAUGGAAAAAGACAGAAUGAUGCAAAUAAGAGAAGUAGCAGAAGAGUUAAUCAAAUUCAUAGAAGAAAGAGUGCAGAACUAUUCAUUUGACGAUAGUUCUGGACCUUCCACAGAAGAAUAUAGCCGCGAAUUCGAUUUAAGCCCAAGCUUAAAAUCGAUCAGUUUAGUCGACUUACGGAACAUCCCCGACUUACCACCUAGUAUGAUAAUUAAGCCUAGAGUUGUAAAAAUAGAUAAAUCCACAUCCACAACCGAAAUAUCAGAUUCAAUAUCCGAGUAUUCGAGACGAAUCGAUUCUGCGUGUAUGACAGAGGACACGACACUAAGUUCAAGCUCGGAAAGAAACGAACGAGCUUUAGACAAAUUAGAAUCCUUACAUCGAUUCUUCUCGAAAUCACGUCUUGAAAUUAUAGAUGAAAGUUUGGAAGAAGAUAAAAAUAAAAGUCCAAACGGAAAUGACAUUGUUAAAGGUGGCAUUGGAGAGUUUAAAACUGGCCAAGCCAGUUUAGACGACGUUGAAGAUUUGUUAGAUGAUAACGACAAGGAGAAAGAUUUUAAAAUGGAGAACAUGAAUACUGAA